CAAAAAACACAACCAAUUCCCCUUCCCAAAACACCAUAAAAAAAAAUCAAGAAAAAUGAAGAAACGAUCCACGGCAUCAUCAGCCUCAAAGGUCACGGCCACGAUCCUCCCCUACCAAACCCCGCGCCUCCGCGACCACUACAGCCUCGGCCGCAAGCUCGGGCAGGGCCAGUUCGGCACCACCUACCACUGCAUCGAGAAGGCCACGGGCCUCGAGUUCGCGUGCAAAUCCAUCCCCAAGCGCAAGCUCCUAUGCAAGGAGGACUGCGACGACGUGUGGCGCGAGAUCCAGAUCAUGCACCACCUCUCGGAGUGCCCGAGCGUGGUACGGAUCAAGGGCACCUACGAGGACAACAUGUUCGUGCACUUGGUCAUGGAGCUCUGCAAGGGCGGCGAGCUCUUCGACCGCAUCGUGCAGAAGGGGCAUUACAGUGAGAAGAAGGCCGCGCUGCUGAUGAAGACCAUUGUCGGGGUGGUGGAGUCGUGCCACUCGCUCGGGGUGAUGCAUCGGGAUCUCAAGCCGGAGAAUUUCCUCUUUGAUACGCCGGAUGAGGACGCCAAGCUGAAAGCGACGGAUUUCGGGUUGUCGGUUUUUUAUAAGCCAGGGCAAUCUCUCUCCGAUGUUGUCGGAAGUCCUUACUACGUUGCUCCCGAAGUACUGCACAAAUACUAUGGGCCCGAAAUUGACGUAUGGAGUGCUGGUGUGAUUCUUUACAUAUUGCUAUGUGGCGUUCCUCCAUUUUGGGCAGAAACCGAUAAUGGGAUCUUCAGAACAAUCUUGAAAGGCAAGAUUGAUUUCGUGUCGGAACCAUGGCCCCACAUUUCCGACAGUGCGAAAGAUCUGGUGAAAAAGAUGCUCGAAAGAGAUCCCAAACAAAGAAUAUCUGCUCAUGAAGUCCUAUGCCAUCCAUGGAUCGUGGACGACACGGUCGCGCCUGACGCGCCUCUAGGAUCUGCUGUGUUGUCGCGGUUGAAGCAGUUCUCGGCCAUGAACAAGCUCAAGAAGAUGGCUCUUCGUGUUAUAGCAGAACGGCUCUCGGAGGAAGAAAUCGGGGGUUUGAGACAGUUAUUCAGCAUGCUCGACGCAGAUAACAGUGGAACAAUAACGUAUGAGGAACUCAAACAAGGUUUGAAAAAAGUCGGGUCUGAUCUAAUGGAAUCGGAGAUCCUUUCACUAAUGAACGCGGCUGAUAUAGACAACAAUGGGACUAUAGACUAUGGUGAGUUCCUAGCAGCAACAUUGCACAUGAACAAAAUGGAAAGAGAGGAAAAUCUUCUUGCUGCUUUCUCCUUCUUCGACAAAGAUGGGAGUGGCUACAUCACCACUGACGAGCUCCAACAAGCUUGCAAAGAUUUUGGCCUGAUCGAUGAUCAGAUAGACGAGAUCAUUAAAGAAAUCGACAUAGACAACGAUGGACGCAUUGACUAUGGCGAAUUCGCGACGAUGAUGAGGAAAGGUAAUCCCGGGGUUAGUUCAAGAACCAUGAGAGGAAAUCUUAAAUUUAAUUUGGCAGAUGCACUCCAAGGUAAACAAGAACACAAUGCGGAAGAUGAGUAAAAUUCACACAAUCUUUUCACUUUUUUUUUUCUCUUUUUUUUUUGUAUAUGUUUCUGACAAAUGUAAUCUUGAAUUUUUUUUAUGGUAUAAAUAUUUCAUAGUUAAGCUGUAUACACUGGUCCAGAAAGUCA